AAAUUUCUUUUUUAAGGAUAGCCCCUUUUCUUGUAACUAUAGUUGGGACAAGAAUUUCAAUUGCGACUACGACGAAAGAGUGAUAUAUAGCUAUUCAUUUCUUGAUAAUUUAAAGUAUUUGCAGAUUCUCAUAUUUCACGGUUCGGAAAUCCGUGUAUUUGCACCUAAUUCUUGAAUUGGUUGUGCUACAGGCUCAGGAAUGUACAUUAACAACAAAGAGUUGUUCCACGACAGAGACAUCUUCCUUAAAAACUACAAGGACAUGAAUCGAACCUUGAAGAUUUUCAUUUACCCACACAGAAAAGACGACCCGUUCGCAAACAUUCUCUUACCCGUUGACUCCGAACCGAGUGGCAACUACGCAAGCGAGAGCUACUUCAAGAAAGUUCUCUCCAGCAGCCAUUUCGUUACCGCGGACCCUUCCGCAGCGGAUCUAUUCUUCCUGUCGUUUUCGAUCGCAAGAUUGAGGCACGACCCGCGAGUGGGGAUCGACGGUAUUCAAGAUUUCGUCAGAGAUUAUAUUUUCAACGUUAGUCGGAAAUACCCUUAUUGGAAUCGCAGCGGAGGUGCUGAUCAUUUUUACGUCGCGUGCCAUUCGAUUGGCCGUUCUGCUAUGGAGAAAGUUGCUAGAGUUAAACUUAAUGCUAUCCAAAUCGUGUGCUCUUCGAGUUAUUAUAUCUCUUCGUAUGUGGCUCAUAAAGAUGCUUCGUUGCCUCAGAUUUGGCCUCGGGAAGGUGAUCCUCCGAAUCUUGCACGUGAAAGGUCAAAGCUAGCAUUUUUCGCCGGAUCAAUAAACUCACCGGUGCGCGAAAAGCUUCUCCAAGUAUGGAAAAACGACUCCGAAAUAUCGGUCCACUUCGGCCACCUCAGCACAUCCUACUCAGAGGAACUUCUAACGAGCAAAUUCUGCCUACACGUUAAAGGAUUCGAGGUCAACACAGCUCGCAUCGGAGAUGCACUUUACAAUGGCUGUGUGCCGGUAAUAAUUGCCAAUCAUUACGACCUCCCUUUCCAGGAUAUAAUUAAUUGGAAUAGUUUUUCGAUUGUUAUUGCCACAUUGGAUAUUCCCCUUCUCAAGAAAAUCCUCCAAGGUACGAGCUUUGACGAAUUCUCGAUUUUACGGGACAAUGUUUUGAAGGCGAGGGUGCAUUUUCAGUGGCAUCUUUCUCCCGUUGAUUAUGAUGCUUUUUACAUGGUUAUGUAUGAAUUAUGGCUUCGACGAAGUUCGACGAGAGUUUUAGCUUAGUUUUUUUUUUCUUUUCUUUUGUAGAUAAAGUUCAAUUUUAAUAUUAAUUUGUAGAAUUAAAGGGAAGCAGAGUAACUAUAUAUAUACAGGGUAAAUUACCGCCAUUCCCGUGAGGUAAGGUCAAAUUACUAUAAAAUCCUCAUGUUUGGGUAAUUCGAGGACACCUAUUGGACACCUUAUGGGCCAAUUUGCAAUUUUUAAAAAGUUAGAAACAUAUUUGAAUUACAAUUUUUUAAAUAUUUUUGUCGAUUCCC